GUCUUACAUCAUUUGUAAUUGAUGUAAUUUUUACUUUCAAAAAUCAUUGGCUCGAUGAAUCUAUAUUGGCAUUCAUGGUUCUAAUUAAUGUUGCCGUUUAUACAAUUCUAAUAUCAUAAAAUUUUUAGAACCUCUUUAUUUUUCUUUAUCUGUUAUGAACAGUAACAGUAGGAUUCGAUACGUCUAUCUGGUGGUACUUGACCUACAUGUAUCAUGUAUGUAUAUUGUAUAUAGUUGUACUCGUCUAGUAGAGCCGUAGAGACAUUCGCAAGUGAUUAGUCAAGGUCGCUGUACAAUUGCAGUAUCCUUUUCGCCAUUUCUUUAUGACACGCCAUUAACCGCUGUCCCGCUGUCCGGUUGAAUAUUCGGUUGAUCAUACGUUCAUCUAAACACAGCAUAUCGGAAUCGCAUCAGUUUGAAUCAUUGGAGAGACUUGGAUCAUCGUAUUUAAAACAACUUGAGUAGCAGAGGUAAUUUCAAGUAUUAAAUUUUAUUACACCAUAGUUACGUAUGACCUGAUUUCAAACUGGAUAUGCUUUCGAGGAGAAGUAGUUGGAUCUAACAAACAAACGAGCAAACAAAGCAACAUACACUUAUUACGACAAUGUUAUUGAGAAUCGCCAGUCAUCCUUCCACACAGCGGCUGAUUGUGAACCGUCCAGGGCAUCACCUCGUGAAUAUAAUACAAAGACGGAUCCUUCAUAGAAUUCCUGACUACAAGAAACUUCCAAAUCUUCCAAAACACACUGUCUUAAAAGACGGGACAAAUGUACUGGUUGAUUCAGCAACUGAGAAGCAAAUAGGUGACAUCUAUACACAAUUUCACGGCGCAAUGCACCGAGGUCAAGGUUAUGGACACGAUGACUUUCUUUCCCUUGAUCAUUUCAAAGAAAAACAUAGCCGCGGUCAAAUAUUUUCGCUAGUUGACCAAGAUGCUGAUAGAUUAAUUGGAGGGAUCACGAUCUAUCCGUCGCGUUUGAGUAGAGCUUCAAACCCCGUUCUAGCUGGAAGCAAUUUUAUAGUAACCCAAGAAUACAGGGGUAGGGGCUGUAUAAAAUUAUUGAACCGACUCUACUCUGAACUAGCAGACGAAAUCGGGUAUGAAGGUUGUUUGGGAGAGAUACACGUUAAUAAUGCUCCCGUCAUCAAGGCAUGUCGAGAUAAUCCGAUAUGGGAGUUGAUUGAAAGAUUGCCCAAGACAUCUUACGUUAAGGACUACGGUUGGAUUGAUAGUGUCAUUGUUUAUUGUGAUCUCACUAAUAAAUCAAACACACACUAAUGCUAGAUUUUACUGACAUCUUUGAUUCAUGUCAUGUCAUUGAUGAAUUCUCGAUAUACAAUAUACAUGUACUAUGAUAUCUCAA